AUGGCAUCUAUUCAUCAGGUGAUUUUAGAUGGUCGUUUGUCGCAAUUAAAUUUACUUAUUAAUAAACUUGGUUGUAAUGUGAAUGAAAAAGAUCCAUAUGGACGAACACCACUUCAUUUAGCCGUUCUUUCCGAUCAAGAACGUUAUGGUUAUCGUGUAGCACGUCUUCUUCUGCAAGGAAGUGCCGAUAUAAAUGCAACUGAUUCUCAACAACAAACACCACUUGUUUAUGCAUGCUUAUUAAAUCGUGCAAAACUUGUUGCACUGUUUUUACGAACUAAAUCUAUUGAUUGGCGUCUUGCAGACCAUGAAAGUUAUUUAGUUGUACACCAUGCAGCAUCAUCAUCACAACCAUCAAUUCUUGCAGCUAUUGUUAGUGAAAUGAAAUUAAUUGGACUUUCAAUGGAUUGUAAAACUGAAAUGGGUUAUACACCAUUAAUAUUAGCUAUAAAAACAUCUCGUUUUAAUAAUGCAUUGUUUUUACUUGAUCACACAGAUGCAUCACCUUUUGCUAUUGAUGAUGAAUAUCAUUUGACAUGUGAACAAUGGUUACAACAUGUUGAACCAAAAUUAAAUGAAUGGGCUUUUUAUUAUCAAAGACGAAGUUUACCAAUUAGAAGAAAACCGAGUGAUAAAAAUGCUCCUAAUUAUAAAUGUUUUUAUGGUGUUGAGUCUCCAUAUAAAUGUAAUAUGCUUGUAUGCAAUCAUCUUCAUAUCAAAUCAUUUGAAGAAUGUACUUAUACACCAGCGAUACUUUCACCACGUAAUGAAAAUCGAAAAUCAUUUUCAACAAGUCCCAUAUCCGAAGAACAGAAUAAUCCUAAAUUAUCUUAUCAACUCUGGAUGCAACUUGUACAACGAUUACGUGAUCGAACGUUAGCAUCAAAUCCUUCCCCAGAAGAAACAAAUAGUGCUGCUGGACGAUAUAGUCAUUCAAUAUCACAAUCACAACAUACAAGUCCAUCUGUAGGAAUUCGACGAGAAAGAACAUGGGCCGGUCAUGAGUCAAUUUCACCAUGGUAUAAUGCAACUUUAAAUUCAAAUAGACAAGUUGUAUCAUUAAUUAAUCAUUAUUCAAAUAUAUUAUCCGCUGAAAAUAAUGAACGAUUUACACAAGGAUUGAAUGAUCGACCGAAAAGUAUUUUACGUCCAAUAGGAACACCGAAUAAAUUUCGAUUGACAAAAGAAGUUACAUUUGCGACAAAUUAA